UCCCGGUAGUAAAUUCAUUUCUGAUGCUUGUGUCUGUUUGUGCAUUGCUGAAAAAUCUUCUGCAUGUAUUAAUACAGUAGCCAUAUGAAGAAUUAGCUACAAUUUAUUUUGAACAACCUAUUAUAUAAGUACAUGAGAUAGAGAUACAAAAGAUAGAGCCGCUCGCUUGUGAACAGGACGGAAUUGUAUUGAUGUGGAAUAGGACCAGGUGUUAGAAUACAAAAGGAUUCCAGUCCAGCACAAGGGUUUCGGGAUGAGCUUCUUCAGUUUCGGACAAAGUGCUGAAAUUGACGUAGUUCUAAAUGAUGCCGAGACGAGAAAAAAGGCCGAGCACAAAACAGAAGACGGGAAAAAGGACAAAUAUUUUCUGUUUUACGAUGGGGAGACAGUCUCUGGGAAAGUCAACGUAACCCUGAAGAACCCAGGCAAGAGGCUCGAGCAUCAAGGGAUCAAAAUAGAGUUUAUCGGGCAAAUCGAAUUGUACUAUGACAGAGGAAACCAUCAUGAGUUUGUCUCUCUGGUUAAGGAUUUAGCUCGGCCUGGAGAAAUGGCUCAAUCUCAGACCUUUGAUUUUGAGUUCACACACGUGGAGAAACCGUACGAGUCCUACACAGGCCAGAAUGUUAAACUACGCUAUUUCCUGCGGGCGACCAUCAGCAGGAGACUGAAUGACAUUUCCAAAGAGAUGGACAUUGUAGUGCACACACUCAGCACAUAUCCAGAACUCAACUCCUCCAUAAAGAUGGAGGUGGGAAUUGAGGACUGUCUACACAUUGAGUUCGAGUACAACAAGUCCAAGUAUCACCUGAAAGAUGUGAUUGUAGGGAAGAUCUAUUUCCUGUUGGUGCGAAUCAAGAUCAAACACAUGGAGAUUGAUAUUAUUAAACGGGAGACAACAGGGACAGGGACAAAUGUGUACCACGAAAAUGACACCAUUGCAAAAUACGAGAUUAUGGAUGGAGCACCUGUGCGAGGUGAAUCCAUCCCCAUCCGUCUUUUUCUGGCUGGGUACGAGAUGACGCCCACCAUGAGGGAUGUUAAUAAGAAAUUCUCUGUUCGUUAUUACCUAAAUCUCGUACUCAUUGAUGAAGAAGAGAGACGUUACUUCAAACAACAGGAGAUUACACUAUGGAGGAAGGGAGACAUUGUGAGAAAAAGCAUGUCCCAUCAAGCUGCCAUCGCCUCUCAGCGCUUCGAGGGUUCGGCGAGUGCAGAGAAAGCACUUUCUCAAGCUAAAGAGGACGACAACUAACCCCAACCAUGUCUUCUCAUCUUCUCAUGUGUGUAUGAGUCAAAGAGAUUGUGUGUAUGGAUUUAAAGAAGCCUUGUGCUCCCAAAAUAGAUGGCAACGUAAACAUGAUAUUUCACGUUCCUAAACACACCAGUUUAUGAUCAACAAGUUCCUAAGUAGCUUUUAAAAAGGGAUUAAUGUAUGAAAAGCAAAAACGCUGAUUCCAAAAACCACAAUUUGAUAUUUACGAAUUCUUCUUGGCGGUUCCUGAGAUUGUUUACUUUUUGUCCUCCACCCUGGAAUUAAUUGACUGUAUAUUUAUUUGAAACAUUUCAGCAGUUCAUCUAGACAAAACAAACACAUUCCACUCUCUAUAUUCUAUUUACAGCCUUUUUUCACUUCUGUAUUGAAUGUUUUGUUAUUGUAGAUUUUGUUCUUUCAUAACAUAACAGUGUUUCUGACAGUAUUCUUACCAAUUCAAGCCUUUUUACUUUUGUUGCCAUUCCGUAAGAUAAAUUGUAAGCACUUCAGAGUUUUUGCCAAUGUGUUUUCACUGUCUCCAGUGGGACCCUUAACUUUAUAUCAACCCAAAAUUACAUAAGCAUUUUUGCUUAGAUUUAACAAACCAAAUGAAUUUCCCUACAGGCAUGUACAGUAGCUAAACUAAAAUGCACCUGAAUUGUAUUUUUAUUUUGUCUGUCAGACUGUAUUGAUAUAAGGAUACUUUAACAAGCUUUUCAAGACUGUAUGUUGUCGGGUAACACUUUAUUAUAAGCUUUCAAGAACUAAAAAUUAAUCUUAGAUAAUGUUUAUUUAUAAAUGAAUUAUCAUUCAACUUAUUUGUUAGUUUGUGUUGGCUGAUUCAACGUUUAUUAAUGUUAACGUGUAUAUUGUAAAAAUGUACUAUUUUUAUCUAAAAGAUGACGUUGAUCAAGAUUAAUUAAUGUUUGUAAAAGGAUUGUUUAUUGUUAGUUAGUUCAGGGUUACUACAGAACGACCUUAUUUUAAAGUGUUCCUAGGUCAUUGGAUGUUUAAUGUGAUUGGUCAUUGGCAUUGUAAUGUUUAAUGUUCUUUAAUGCCUGUCAAUUCUACAAUUUGGAUGGCAUCAAUAUCUUAUUUUAGUUCUCAUUUUUACCAACACUGGAGAUCAGCUUCAUAUUACAUGUCUAGUAGUAUGUAUUUAAAACCUUAGAAAUCUUUGACCACAGACCAGUACUUAUUAUAAAUGCUGAUAAAGUGUGUGUGAUCAGGAUGAAAAGCAGAUAAAUUAACGUGCGCAGUAUAAGGGAUGCAUAUCCUGGAAGUAAUUGCGCACAUAAUUUGAGAUUGCGGGUUAAUGAAUGCUGCCUUGUUAGUGUCUCUUAUUGUCGUGAUUAUUUCUGGUCAUGUUGGGGCCGUAGGGGUGUUUAUCUGUCUGAAAAACCAGGAUGAAUCAUCUCAAGAUAAGCUGCCUUUUGUGAGACUGCAGUUUCACAAUAUCAGUCUUUUUUUAGCACUUCCUUUCACUUAAGUAGAAAAUGAUCCUUGUGUCCGGCAGUGAACAUUAACUAAGAAAGAUAGUGCAUAAUGUUCGAUAAAAUCGCCCCCCCCCCCCCUCACUUUUUUUUACAUGCCUUUUAAAGAAGCUCUUGCUUUUGGUGUCAAACUAGUAAAAGAUGAUGGCAAGGCCGGUCACAGAGAACUUAGUGUAAGUGAACUCUCUGCUGUCUGUUUCACAAAUCUAAAGCAUCUCUUUGCAGAAUAUUCAUGGCUCUGUGUGCCACACUGUGUUUACUGACUUCACCGAUACGAUUUUACAAAUUAGCACUGUGUAUCCUUUCAAAACAAAGAAGGAAUAAGAAUUGGUUGUUUCCUAACUUUCUCGACAUUUAACAUUGUGUAAAAAAGUGCUGCUUAAAACAGCAUUAGAUAACCAUAUUUCUAUAUUAAUAUUAUGUAUGUACAGUAUAUAUUUACAGAAUUGUAAGUAUAUGAUUUAGAAAUGGUUUAGAAAUCGUUCUAAGGUACUAGCAGUUUACAAAAUGGAUUCUAGAAGAUUCUAGAACUGUGCUAAUGUAAAAUACGAGUGCAGAACACACACAAUCUAACAGCUCUUUCAGUACUUGUGCUGUAUAUGACAUUUGUUUUUACUCUGAUUCCUCAGAUUAAAAAAAGAAGAAAAAAAAACAUGUUCAUCUUUUCCCUUGUA